AUGGAGCUAUCCGGAGCGGUUAUAGGGUCGAUGUACAGCGUCAUCACCGCCGCCCGCCGCAACUACGUGUCCUCCAUCAAAUCCCUCCUCACCGCGUUCGCGGACAAGGUCGAAAAGGAGUUGAAGGAGUUGCCGGAGGAGAUUGAGAGGGAUCUGACUAUCGGGUUCAAGGGGUUGAUGAGACAAAUUGGUGGUGAUAAUAACGGUAAUAUGGAGUUACUUAAGAGUCAAAAAGAUGAUAGUACAGCGUCAAAAUUAUCUUACGUUUUCAGA